GUUCAAUCGUGCGUGAAGAGCUGCGGAGCGCCUCACCGGGACGGUGGAAACGUGCGUUUAGUUAAUUUUUCUUUUCAGGCUUCUCCUGUUGUAAUACACCGCUGGAGUAACGUCAGAAACUUGUUUUCGCAAGGUACUUCGUGGUUGUGCUUAACGGCGGCGUGUCUCUACGCAGUAACCGCUGAGCUGAGGAUUUGUCACCUGUCUGCAGCAGCUGACUUGUUACUCCAAGUGAGUGGUGUCUUUGAGGCGGUCGCCAAAAAGGAAAACGGGCGCUUGCUAACGAGUAGUUAGCGAACUCAGCCGGUUAGCCCGUCAGCUAGCCCGCUCUCCCCGCCGCCACACCAAGUCCCACCCUCCCAGAGUGCGUGGACGUCGUAAGAGGCUGCAGCGGCGAAGGCGGUCGCGUUUCUCCACUCAACUCAGCCAGCGUCGCUCUGCAGCUGGCCGCCGAGCUAAAAUAGCCUCUGAGACGUGAGCCGGGCAACGCCGUCGUACAAUUGCUGCCGCUUUUUUUUUGUGUGUGGCGUUGGACGAGUGUCUUCCGUGGAGGAAUACGGUCGCUAGACUGGCUAAAAAGAAGAGACGAAACAAGGGGAGACGAGGCAGACACCAAGAAGGAGGAGGGGACUGGCUAGUUUAGCCGGGGAGACCGAAUCUCACAUAGAUAGCAAACGCCGCCACCGUGCCACACACAGCCAUGAGUAUUGAGAUACCGGUGGGGUUGACAGAACUGCUGCAGGGCUAUACCGUGGAGGUACUGCGACAAAGGCCCUCAGACCUGGUGGAUUUUGCAGUACAGUACUUCACCCGUUUGCGGGACACCAGAAGCCAGGAUGGUGCCGGUGGAAAGACCGGAAAAGGAGUCGUGUUUGAUGGGGAGCCGAUGCAGACGGAGUCCAACGGAGAUGACGAUGACGAUUCUGACUUUGAACCUCCACCACCCAGCAGAUUCAACAGGAGAGUGUCCGUGUGUGCGGAGGCAUUCAACCCAGACGAUGACGACGAGGACACGGAGCCCAGGGUGGUUCACCCAAAAACAGAUGAGCAGCGCUGCAGACUGCAAGAGUCCUGCCGAGACAUCCUCCUGUUUAAAACACUUGAUCAGGAGCAAUUCUCGGAGGUGCUGGACGCCAUGUUUGAGUCGCGGGUUCAGCCCCUCGAUCACGUCAUCGACCAGGGCGACGAUGGGGACAACUUCUACGUCAUAGAGAGGGGGGUGUAUGACAUAAUGGUAAUGGGAUCAAUGGUGGGUCAGUAUAACAAUAAGGGCAGCUUCGGGGAGCUGGCACUCAUGUACAACACGCCACGCGCCGCCACCAUCAUCGCCACCGAGGAGGGGGCGCUAUGGGGACUGGACCGUGCAACGUUUCGUAGACUCAUUCUGAAGAACAACGCAAAGAAGAGGAGGGUGUACGAGGCUUUCAUUGAGUCCGUGCCCUUACUCAAAUCACUGGAGGCAAACGAGAGGAUGAAGAUUGUGGAUGUUUUAGGAUCAAAGCAGUUUCCUGAUGGUGAGCGCAUCAUCACACAGGGAGACAAGGCUGAAUGCUUCUAUAUAGUAGAAUCUGGGGAGGUGAAGAUCAUGAUGAAGAGUAAAACAAAGGCGGACCAUGCAGACAAUGCGGAGGUUGAGAUAACACGCUGUAGCAGGGGUCAGUACUUUGGGGAGCUGGCCUUGGUCACUAACAAGCCCCGGGCCGCCUCAGCCUACGCAGUGGGUGGUGUCAAGUGUGUGGUAAUAGACAUUCAGGCGUUUGAGCGCCUCCUGGGAUCCUGUAAGGAGAUCAUGAAGAGGAACAUCACCCACUAUGAGGAGCAGCUGGUGGCCCUGUUCGGCUCCAGCAUGGACCUGAGAGACUGAGCCUCCCACACCACCCUCCGUGCCUUCUAUUACACACACACACACACACACACACACACACACACACACACACACACACACAUGUCCUCUCUCACAUCAUACAGUGGCUAUACAGACUCAUAAGCUUUACAUGAGGUGUACAAACAAAUGAGGAAUUGUUUGCUCACCUACAAUUCCACGCAGUAUGAACACACACACACACACACAUGUACAUUGACACCAUUGAGAGAUGCCCACUUCACUUAGUCUCCUCAUGCACAUACUAGUUCAACACGCUUAUUAAUAGGCUCACGCACGCAGACGCGCACACACACACGCACACACACACACACACACACACACACACACACACACACACACACACACACAGAGAGAGAGAGCAAGCUAAAGUCCACCCACCUCAUUCCCUGAGCCAGCGUCGAGUAACCUCAGUAGGAAUGUCUUCGCUGCAAUGACCUUAAUACAGGUAACGCAGUGUAAAGACAUACAAUACACACCCAUCUUCAUACGUGCAGGCUUUGUAUUCACAUGAGCAUACACACAACUUAAACAAAGUCUCAGCACAGGAUACAUUAACAUACACACACACGGGUACAGAUACACAUAUUGUCAAAAACAUAUAGGCAACCACACUUGCAAAAACGGACACAUUGUGGUAAAAUGGAGACAAAACUUUUUAAAUCUCUGAAAAGGAAAAUUAAUCAAAAUGCAAAAAAGAGAGUUUAACGAAGACAAAAGUUUUAGAAAUGUUUUAUGAAGAUGAAAAAAACUAUUACAGAAGCUUUGAUAAAAUAUUAUUUAAAUAAAAAAAGUGUUUCCUCUUUGGGAGGCCGGGGUGCAUAACUUUGUGAGCGCGCUCCAUUUCUUCCUCUACUGUUGUUGAUUGAGUUGAGUUAGUGCUGGUGAUUAUUGCAGUAACACAGAAGAAGCAGUGAAAACAAUUUAAAAAAACUAUGUUUUCUGGGCCAUUGUUAUUCUAUAAUUGAUGCCACACUUCAUUGUAUUGAAUUAAUUAUUAAUGUAUUGUUAUUAUAUAUUCAUUGAUUAUUUUUUUGUUUUGCUUUGACCAAUUAUGUUCAAAUUCACCAUCCAUCUGACAAAAUGUAAAAACAAAAGAAAUUCUAAUAAAAAAAAUUUAUUGCUUAUUUAUCCUUAUUUAUCCUUGAAUGAGUUGUCCUGGAUAAAAAAAACAAAAAAAUAAAGCAAACAUUUUGUUAAGUCUUGCCUCCUUUGUUGAACAUCUGCACAAACUUGAAUGUGUUCACUGUUAUUUUGAGGGUCCAUGUAUCUAAUACUCAUGAGGUGAUUGUGAUUGAUUAACAGUGUAUGAUGCCAUAAAGCACACACCCAAACACUUCA